GCGGGGGCCGGCCAGGUCAGAGACGGCGGGGCGGAGCCGUGACCGCUACCGAGGGAGCUCCGCUGAGGGGGGCGCCGCGGCGGCGGCUGGAUUGGACCGACGGCUUCAGGGCUUCAGGACUUAACGACCAUCCCGCGCUGCCGGGUCGUCCCCCGCCCGGACGAUGCUGUUGACACGCCUGCUGCUGGCGGCGCUGCUGGUGGUCGGCGUCGGCCGAGCGCAAGGACUCACACACCGCAGUCGCGUGACGCACGUGGUGGGCGUGGCCGGCCGCCGGGUGGACCUGCCCUGUGACACCACCACCGUCGACCCGGAGGACCGGGCGGUGCUGGUGCUCUGGUACAAGAACAGCCAGGGCAAGCCCACGUACAGUUUCGACGCUCGCGGAGGCCUGUCGUUUUCGGGGCAGUCGGCCGGGUCGGACUCGCGCGCCACCUUCGUCAGCCGGCCCGCGGACGCCGCCCUGUACCGCUGCAGGGUCGACUUCACCUUCAGUCCGACCCGCAACCAGCGGGUCAACCUCACCGUCAUCAUGCCGCCCGACCGACCGGUGAUCCUCUACAAUGGUCGUCCGGUGUCGGGCCUGGUGGGGCCGCUGCAAGAGGGAGACCCGCUGGAGCUGACGUGCCUCUCUCGUGGAGGUCGCCCGGAGCCACGGGUCACGUGGUCCCGUGACGACCUCCUAUUGGACGACUCGGACGGACCGGACGGGUCAGGCCAGGUCAUCAACGUGCUGCGACUGGCUCCUCUGGGUCGCGAGGACCUGCACACCCGGCUGGUCUGCUCGGCGACCAAUAACAACAUCAGCCGACCGGUCACCACCCAGGUCGUCCUCGACAUGUACUUUCGGCCCCUGAGCGUCACCAUUCUGGGCUCGGCCCGCGCGGCCACGCUGGCCGGCCAGUCGUACGAGCUGGUGUGCCAGGCGUACGGCUCGCGGCCGCCGGCUAACCUCUCCUGGUGGAUGGACGGCGCCGCGCUGGACGGCGGUCGGACGGAGUCCGGACUGGGCAACAUCACCAGCAGCACGCUGCCCUUCAAGCCGCGCCCCACCGACAACGGCAGGGAGAUCACGUGCAGGGCGGAGAACAGCUUAGUCUCCGGCGGUACGAUCGAGGAUAAGAGGCUGCUCAACGUCAGGUAUGCGCCGAUCGUGGCCGUGAGACUCGGCUACGCUCUGGACCCGGACGACAUCAAGGAGGGUGCCGACGUCUACUUCGAGUGCCUGAUCCGGGCCAACCCGGCCGUCUACAGCGUCGUCUGGUCACACGACCGUGGGUGCGACGGCGUGGCUUGGAGAGGCCGGUGCGGGCCGAGCCCGCGCGCCGGCGUCAGCGACAUGGUCAGCAUCAACGAGCGCAGCCUGGUGAUCCGCAACCUGAGCCGCCGCUCGGCCGGCGCGUACCGGUGCCGGGCGGCCAACCCGGAGGGCGAGGCUGCUGGCCGGCCCGUCCACCUCAGCGUCAAGUACGCGCCCGUGUGUGUGUCGGGCCAGAAGAGCCGGUACGGCACGGCCCGGAACGAGGCGGCGCGCGUCACGUGUCAGGUGGAGGCCAGCCCGGCGGAUGUCACCUUUAGGUGGCAGUUCAACAGCUCGGCAGAGACGCUCGACCUGCCAUUCUCACAGAUUGCAUCGCGAGGCGUGGAGAGCCGCGCCUCCUACACGCCCAAGACGGAGCUGGACUACGGCACGCUGCUCUGUACGGCGGAAAACGACAUCGGUCGCAUGGUCAAGCCCUGCGUCUUCAACAUUGUGCCCGCAGGUCCUCCGGAGCCGCUGCGGAACUGCACCGUCAUCAACCAGACGUCCGACUCGCUGGAGGUGAAGUGUGCGGCCGGCUUUGACGGCGGUCUGCCGCAGUACUUCGUGGCCGAGCUGUUUGACGUGGCUGGCCGGCGGCUGGUACGCAACCUCACCCGGCCCUUCCCCCACUUCGCGGUGCUGGAGCUGCCGCCGGGGCUGGAGCUGCGGCUCGAGCUGUACGCGGCCAACAGCCGCGGACGCAGCCGAGCCAUCACGCUGGACGGCUUCACGCUUAAGGCGGCCGAGAAGCGCAUCAGCAGCAGCACGGCUGACGCGCCGCCCGCUGAGAAGCUCUCGGUGACGCCGAUCCUGGGGGUUCUGAUCGGCGUCGUCGCCUCCCUCAUCAUCAUCGCCAUCGGUGUGGUCGCUUGCAUGAGGAACCACAGCCGUCGCGUCCCGAGGCCGGUGAAGCAUGCCGACCUGGUCAACUCGUCGCUGAUGAUCAAGGACCGAGCGGGAGCCGACGCCGAUUUCGCCGAGGCCGGGUUGCGCGUGGCCGCCAAACUGAGCGGUGCCGACGAGGCAAACCCAGACGUCGUUCCCAGCAAAUACGGCCCGGACCACGAGGUGGUCGAAUCAACACGAUUGCUGAACCACGUGCAUGUGAGCGCCCGGGGCAGUCGGCUGUCACUGGGCUCCUGCUCGGCGCAGAGCGAAGGCAAACGCUGCAUACACCAGGGGGACAGCGUCACGUACGCGGAGCUCAGCCUGCCGCGGCCGGGCAAGACCUCGAGGUCGGUCAGAGGGCGUGACCCCGGGACGGCCGUGGUCUACGCCACGAUAGACCACGGCAGGACGCCGGGCCGGGCGCGGGACACAGUGGUGCGGACUGGCGAGCCUUCGGACCAGCGCGAGAGUGUGGUGUGACAGUGCGGCGCACAGUGGCGCGGGCCGCCCGCAUUGCUGGCCAACGGGCAUCAGGUGCGCGGCGGUGCAGCGCACAGUGAUGCAGCCGGGGACGUUUUCUGGCUAAGACAACGCGAUGCGGCCUGAUGUGAAUAUCCUAGCCACUGGACUAUGCGUGUUGUGAUAUGCUCGUCCAGGUGUUUGGUGUACCCUGGCUGUUUGGCGAUGGGCUGGAUGAGGGCUCCGCUGGUUGUCUAUAUGUGUCUAUGUGCGAACACAUCCGGAAUGAUGACGCGACAAAGCUGGCCACGCCACUCAGGAAACGAAUCCUCUCGAAGCAUUCAAGCAGCCACAGUCAUAUCGUGGCUGCAAAACAGAGGCUGUCUGAAGGCUUCUUUGGGCAGUGGUGUCAAGUUAAGAAAUUCUUUGUUGCUCUGUGGCUUUGGGCUGUAUGUCUGGAAUGUCAGCAGUGUCAUUUCGGACAGCUGUUAUUGGACAGCAUUUUCCCGGCCUACGUAUUUUGAGAACUAUCACGAUAUGCUUAACCUUGUAUGCUUGUCAUCGCCAUAGUCAGUCUAGUCAAGUUUGUUGCCCUGAACAGGCUACAACGUCGUCAGGGUCUGAAGUUUCUGCAGGUUUUGACGUCGAAUAUUGUUGUAAUAAACAGCGGCUACGAACAAGAAGGUAGGGCCCUUGGUUCAGAUUUUAUUUUUUGCGGAUGUGAAAAGGUCUUACAAGAAGGAUACACUACGUCGGCAGCGUAUUGAGCGAGGUGCGCUGGACACUUAUGUACACGAUGUUCAUCCAGAUUCAUGUGUAAAUGGCGUUGACACCAUUACCAGUGUUCGAGAUGUGCGUUCGAACAGACCGCACAUUGUAAUGGUCGGGAACAUUGUGCCAGAUUCUGAUGGCAAAUGUCCCCCCAAUCAGCGAUUUGAGUACCAGCCCUUGGGGUAACAGCCUUGGAUGAUUGUUCCUUCGAAGGAGACUGAACUGUGGUAUUAUUUUCAUAGCGCUCCGAUCCCGUACUUGGUACAUUGUGCACGCAAGAGGCAUAUCACCCUCCAUGUCCGCUCUUCCGUGUUGAUGUGGCGACACAGAAAUAUA